GUCACUAGUAAACAAAGAUGAAUACCGGCAGAGUCUACUUGACAAACUUAGAAGUUCUACCUAAGUUUUCUUUUUCAGAUGUCAUAAAAAGUGUGGAGGCACAUUCAAGCACAAAAGGCAACAAGUUGAACAAGGGUUACAAAUUUUUCCACGAGGAAUUUGUCCACAGUUAUCAAGAUAUCACUGGCCACUGACAGUGGAAGUUUGAUGGCUUAUUCCUGCAGCUGCGUAGCUGGUAAAGGCUUCUGCAACCACGUAGUAGCCCUCCUUUACCAGACUGCACACUAUUCGCAGCUCAGUUUGCCGACUGUUCCACCACCCCUGGCCUGCACAAGUGAUUUACAACGCUGGCAUAGACCGAGAACACAGGGAAUCCAUCCUGAACCUGUGAAUGACGUGGUGGUGCAAAAGCCAACGACGGUGGGCAAGAGUGGUCUUAGCUCCACAUUGUACCAGGCAUAUUUAGGACCAUUUCCUGACCCUGACAUGAUGGCAUCUGGAGCCAAGCUACGCCAGGAGCAACCCCAGCCUCUCAUUGCUCUCGUAUUAGAUGGCAUGUCUGAGAUAGAGCUCACUCCAUCUAAAUUUGGGCCUGUCCCACAAGGAUCCCCGCUGUCAUAUCAUUGCCCACCUGAAAAGUCCAGUGACCUUAUCCUGCACCACUUGGCUCCUGAAUUCCCGGGUCUUCCUUUUAUGCAGCAUACUUUUUCCAAGUUGCACUUUGUUCCAACGUUGCAUCAGCUCAUGCACCUCCAGUCACUCCAAGUGUCACCACAAAUGACCAGUGAAAUUGAGAAGGAAACCAGGCAGCAGUCAACAUGUCCUGCAUGGGCACAGUUACGUCAACCACGGUUAACUGCCAGUCGCUUUCGAGAAGCCUGCUCUUCCUGGGAGGGAAGUGUGGACCCAGAGUCUGCAGCAAAGACCCUCGCUGUCCAAAUGAUAAGAGGCUCCAAAAAGCAAACUGCUGCAAUGAAGCGGGGUCUCCUAAUGGAGUCAUAGGUCCUGGCAAGUUAUGCUGAAGUAAUGCGAGUUAAUGUGCUCCCUGCUGGAUUUGUCAUUCACCCAGAAGCACCACAUCUCAGGGCAAGUCCAGAUGGCAGGGUGUAUGAUCCUUCAGAGUCACCACCAUUUGGACUUGUUGAAGUGAAGAGCACCACUAAACACGAUGCUUCGCAGGUUGCUCACCUUAAGAGGGAAAAUGGCUCUGUCAGCCUGAGGCGUUCACACCGUUACUACUGGCAGGUUCAGGGACAGUUAGCAGUAACCGGCCUAGCCCUUUCAUGCAUGGAGGUCACUACAGUGUACGGCUGUUUAAAAGUGUUUUUUCUCUAUAUAUACCAGCAAUUUUGGGCACUGCUGCAUAUAGUCCACUCUAGUGGAAACUAUUGCAUCAUCCCAUACAAAACAUCCCAUUGGCAGGUCAUUGCAAUGGGAAAAAGUAGUCAGUGAAACCAAGAUGGCUGACAGACAGGGAGAAAGACCAGCCACCUCAGCUAUUUCGGUUUCUACCUUCUAUAAAAAGAUGUCAUUGCAGGUAAAAAAAAUAUAAUUACAUCAAGUAACAUCUAAGGUGACAUAUUAUGUAAAGAUUUUCCAAGUUUUGAUUUUAUAUUUGGAGGAAAUACCGAUUAAUCAUCUGUCCACUCAAUUGUACAUCAUGCAUCACAAGCUAUGUUUCAACUUCA